CUUCCCCUCACACUCGCACUCGCAUUCUCUACGCUCUACAAGAAACGUCUAAUCAUAGUAGUAUGCCAUUAAUGUUGUGACGUGGUGUUAUAUAUUAUUUUUUUUAAACAAUAUAGAUAUAUAUAGAUAUAUAUAUAUAUAUAUAUAUAUUCAGCGAGACACGUGUGCUGCAAAGAAAACGGCAAAUAUCGCAGUAAGAAAAAAUGAUGCAGGAUGAAGACUUAGGUGGUUCUACGAGACGGAAUGUCGUUAGUCAAGGAAUAACAAGAAUAUCGCAGAUAUAUCAAAGAUAUCUAGAUCUAUGGACACCUCAUGCAAUAUCAAGAUGGCUGUUUGCCCUAUUCCUAUUAGUUCUUUUUAUUCUACGUAUAUUUAUAUCUCAAGGAUGGUAUAUUGUUACAUAUGCAUUAGGAAUUUAUCACCUCAAUUUAUUCAUAGCAUUCCUUACUCCAAAAAUUGAUCCUGCUAUGGAUUUUGAUGAUGGAGAGGGCCCAGAGUUACCUACCAGAUCAAAUGAAGAGUUUAGGCCAUUUAUCAGAAGAUUACCUGAAUUUAAAUUUUGGUACUCAGUAACAAAGUCUACAAUUGUUGCCAUGAUUUGCACACUAUUUGAUUGCUUUAAUAUACCAGUAUUCUGGCCGAUACUUGUUAUGUAUUUCAUAACGUUAUUUUGUAUCACAAUGAAGCGGCAAAUAAAGCAUAUGAUUAAGUAUAGAUAUUUGCCUUUUACUCAUGGCAAACCAAAAUAUCAGAACCAUGAAGAUACCUCACGGUUGAUAUCGUCAAAAUGAAUAGAAAUAAAGAUACAUUGUGCCUGUGCAGGCGUGUAAGCGUAUAGAUUUCAAUUUCUUCUAGUACAGCGCAAGGAACAUUAAAAGAAAACAAGAGACAGAGAGAGAGAGAGAGAGAGAGAGAGAGAGAGAGAGAGAGAGAGAGAGGGAACAAAGAGAAAAUUUUUUUUAACAUUUAAAAAGAACGGAUAUCGCCUUGUAUGAAAAAGGAUCACGAAAGCGCAUAACUCUUGAUUAUAUAAUAUACGGUAUAAUAAUUGAAUUAUAUAAUAUCUUAAUAUAUUUGUAUCAUAAAACUUGUACAAAGUAUUGUUAGCUCUUAUCUCAUUAAAAAAAAAAGAAAAUAUCAUGCAUAGCAAUUGAUAUCGGAUGCAGUUGUCAAUGUAAUACACUGUGAAUGAAUGUAAGAAAUUCGUAUGCAUACAGAGAUGUUAUUACAAUUAAA